AUGACCUCUCUACAAUUGCUCGCUAUUCUGUGUUCUCUAUCAAUUACAACAGUUAUUGGAGGAGGCAGACCUUCCAGAAGAUCGAGUGACUUCCGGACGUUUCGUGAACAUAAUAGAUGUCUUUAUAAAGAAAUACUAUUAGCUACUGACAUCGCUAAUAUGCAACUGUUUGAUAGAAACGACCUCAAAAAACUUCAAAAGUAUUGUGUAGAUCUUCAAACUUGUUAUACGACAAUAAAUCAUCAAAGUCUUGAAGCUACCGAGAAGUCAACAAAGCUGAAAUUGGCAUGUGAAAGUUUAGAAUUCAUACUGGAAGGAUUUGAAGAUUGUGCAAAGAAAACUGAAAGCAUGAGAGAGAAAUGUAAACCAAAAACGUCUUGCGAUAACAUGCUCGGCGACAAGAACUGUGCAAAAGAUGGAAUUGAGAAGAAGUGUUCGAAAGAGGAGUGGAUUGGAUUCAGAGAUAGUAUGAUAAAUCUAAUGACUAUCGCAGAUCCACAAUGUGACUUGGACCGAUAUAGAAAGUUAUAA